GCGCACAGCAUUUCUCGUGGAGCUUCACUGCUGCCGCCGAAUUGGACGCUCGUCGUGGAUAUAGUGAAAUUGGCGCUGGUCCAAAGGGGCAAGUGUUGCACUAGUGUGUUGUAACAGUUUUCAAAGGCACACCUCGACAUGAAAAAGAGGUCAGUUCCCAAGAGCAGCCCCGCAAGAAAGGAUCAUCGCAACUAUCAAACUACGGCCACAUCCUGAUCUGCCAGCGUCACUCCGUGACACCAGCCGAUAGCACCUUCCACACUGCACAAUGGCAGCGGAUGAAAGUGGUUGGAAACCGCUGCACAGAUGUGCGUACAUGAACGACAUCAAAUCUGUCGAGCAACUACUGCAAAAGGACCCGUCGUUGGCCAAACAAGGGGACGACAACGAAUUAACGCCGUUAGCUAUUGCGGCGUACAAUGGUCACAUGGAGAUUAUGGAAAUGCUGCUGCCCCAUUCAGAUGUCAACGCCAAAGACUCGAACUAUCGAACUGCGCUGCAUUGGGCGGCAUUUAUGGACAAACCUCAAGCAGUCGAAAGGCUACUCAGGGUAGAAAACAUCGACGUCAACAUCCAAGCAAAGAACGGUUUGACAGCAUUGCACAUGGGAGUUGCCAGUAAUGCUAAGGAGGUCGUAGAGUUGCUCAUCAAGAAAGAAGGUAUCAAGUUGGACAUUGGCGACGAAAAUAAGCUGACACCCCUGCACUGGGGAGGGAUUCGUGGGUUCACGGAGGUUGUCGGCCUACUUAAGGAUGCAGAUCAGAAUGCACCGGACAAAAUAGGGAAGACUCCGCUACAGUGGGCUGCCACAAACGGACACACUGAGGUCAUAAAGAAAAUGAAAGAAGUUGAGAGCACCAACGUGGAUGCCCUGGACGAAAAGAAUCGCACGGCGUUGUACUGGGCAGCGUACAAUGGAAACACGGAGUCCGUGAAAGCGCUUCUCGAAGCUGGUGCAGACAUAAACGCUCGAGACCAAAAAGGUUUAACAGCCUUGCACGUAGCCGCGACGAAUGAACACAAGGCUAUUGUGGAGUUACUCAUAGAGCAUAAAGUCGACGUGAAUGUUCAGGAUGACUUCAAGAGGAUAGCUCUCCAUUGGUGCUCCUAUAUGGCUUACCCAGACAUCGUGAAGUCACUUCUCGAUGCGGGAUCUGACGUUAACGUUCAAGACAAAGAUGGCUACACACCGCUGCACUGGGCGACUAUGGCUGGCGACGGAGCGAUUGUUCAGUUUCUCCUUGACAAGAACUCCAACGUCGACCUGAAGGACAACCGAAAUCGUACGGCGAGGGAUCUAGCAUUUUCGCUGGAUUACAAGAGUAUAGUCGAUUCCAUCGACAAUUACGGAGCUAGUACUUCCGGUGCUGCUGGAGGAUCCACUGGCGAUGACGAAAUUGAGAUUGAUUGAAGAAAUGUUCGAGCAGCUUCCUGGUGCUGAACUGUGCCUUAGGUUUGACGCCAUCGUACCAUAUCUACCCCUCAAGAACACCCGCGGAACUCAGGACUUCCUCAAGGUGUCAUCACGUCCCCAUCCGCGAUGGGAUGUCUGGAGGAGGGCCACAGAGUGUCGUCAUUAGAUAGCUUCCAGUGAUGGUCAGUUGCGUACAUCCUGCGGUUGUCUGCCGGGGGACGAGCAUAGGGGGACAAAAUUAUUUUAAUACUGCGUUGUGCAUUGUGAUACGUACAUACAAUAACCACGUUCCCGGUUUGCUUCUCAUAAGAAGGAGUGUUUACGCAUAACGUCUGUUAACGCAUUACGCACAGCUGUCUUUGAGUGUAUGGCUUUGUAUAAACAAAUUAAGACCUAACCUUGAUAAGUCUUGCUACAUUAUUUUCCACCCUAAACAAAGAGUGCUAGACACAAGUAACUUAGAAUUACGUUUCAGGGAUAUCGAACUUAAAAAUGCUGAAAAUAUAAAGUUUCUCGGGCUGCACAUCGACUCUCACUUGUCAUGGCGAUUUCAUAUUGAGCAUGUCAGAAAGAAAGUCACAAGUGGAUUAUAUGCGUUAUCACGGCUAAAAUUCAUCCUGCCAAUACGGAGCCUACUAAUGAUUUAUUAUUCCUUAUUUCAUAGCCACAUCUCAUAUGCAGUAGAAGUUUACGGGUUGACAUAUGAAUCCCACUCCGUGAUCUGUAUGUUUUGCAGAAAAGAGCGCUACGUAUAAUGCUACAAAUACCACUCCAUGACACUGUUACAUUUGCAUUUUCCUUGUUGCACAUUUGGCCGUUUUUUGUGCUUAUCAAGUAUAAGUGCUUGAUACUCUUGUAUAAAAUAAUCAAUAAUCUUGUGAAUUCCUGUUCAACAACUCCUCAUUUUAGCACAAGUGUUUACGACCGUCGAGCUGAUGAUUUUAUGUUGGGUUUGCCAUAUCCUCGUACUGACUUUGGGAUGUUUUCGUUUUGCUAUUUUUCCGGUAAGAACUGGAACAGUCUUCCUGUUGUUAUCCGCAAUUUUCCCUGCGCUUUAUGCCUUUAAAAAGAGACUCUCGUUUUUUUGUUUUUUUUUUCAGUGAUCACUGUGCCUAAGCUGAAGUAUCUUGUUGUUGUUACGAUACUGCCCCCUACUCUAACUUAAUCUCUUACGUUGCUUUUUAUAUACAUUGGCUGCAUGUAUAUGAUAUUGCAUAUUCUUUUUCUGUAGUAUUCAUGUAUGCAGAACCACAUCACAGGCUUGCCUAGUGGUACUGUUAAUUACAUAGUUUUUGUAUAAAUGAUGACAGAAAGAAAAAAUGAAGUCUGAAGUCUGUUCUGCUCGGACAUACAUUCUCACAUGGACCGUCCCUACUGGAAAAUCCUAUAUGUAGAUCCUCACAUGAUGUUAUUGGAUAUAGGACCUAUAAGUGGUGUACCAAGUGGUGUAGGUUUUAUAGGAGCAAUAUAGGUAUUAUAGGAGAUGUAGGACCUGAGUCUCCUAUAUGAUCUGUACACUGUGUGCAUGGGGACACGGUAUGAAAUUUGGCUGUUGCGAUACAUGCAUACACAUGCAAUGAACAAAAAUAAUAAGAGAGGAGUACAAUAAAAUACCGUCUACUUCCCUUUA